UGGCCUCCAUUUUUCGCGGGUACCACAGCUCCUCCUCCAACUCCCUCCCUCCCUCUCUCCCGCCCUCCCUCCCGCCCUUUCUACGCGUCCCUCCCGGCAACGAGCCGUCUCCGUCAUUGGAAGGCAGCGCUUGUCUCUACGUCCUCCUCUACCCUCCCCCUUCCUCCGCCCUCCUCACUCCCCCCUCCUUCUACGUGGGUGAGACGGAAAGCGCCCGCCAACGGCUCGCCCAACACCGGGCCACGCACAAAAAGAAGUCUCGAAUACCGGAGUCCGACUUGGAGGCGUUGUUCGUUCCUGUGGCUUCCAAGACAGAGGCUCGGAACCUGGAGGCCCUCGUCAUCAAUGCCUUGGCCAGGCGGGGGUUCCCCCUGUCGUCGGAGGCAGAUGGACGGAGGGCGGUGGGGAAGUGAGGAGGGCAGAGCGGGGAUCAGGGAAAGGCCCUAAAUUUAGAGAGAUGUGUGUACAAAAAAAAGCGAGAGAAACGGAAAGUAGGUGUAUGCGUAGGGGAGUGCGGGGACGUGGGGUUAGCGGGCGUCCGGAGGGCAUUCACAGCAAGAAGCACAAGUGCGAGUAAAA